AUUUUUUUGUUUUCCUUCGUAGUUGGUAGCUUGAUUAAAGAAGAGAUAAACUUUCUCUUUAAGUUCAAGGUCGUUAAAAUCCGAUAUGUGCAGUGAUUCGGAGUAAUUUUACCAUUAUUACGAAUAUCUUUAUUUACAUUUUUUAUUUAAUGACAAUAUUUGGUAUCACGUGACCCUAUUGAAUUUUAAUUGGCCAUCGGUGAGCGUGCCCUGCGCGACUCGAGAGGCGCAAUAAUAGUUCACAAAAAUGCCGUCGGAAUCUAAGCCUUUGUUGACAGCCCAAACAGAAAAACCAAAUCAUUAUAAAUAUCUGAAGGAAUUCCGAGUAGAGCAGUGCCCGUCGUUCCUACAACACAAAUGUACACAACAUAGGCCUUUUACAUGUUUUCACUGGCAUUUCAAUAAUCAAAGAAGAAGAAGGCCCGUCCGGAAGAGGGAUGGGACGUUUAAUUAUAGCGCAGAUAAUUAUUGUACCAAAUAUAACGAGACAUCGGGAAUAUGUGAGGAUGGGGAUGAAUGCCCGUACCUCCAUCGUACAGCAGGUGACACGGAACGUCGAUAUCACCUCCGCUAUUAUAAAACAUGUAUGUGUGUUCACGACACCGACGCUAGAGGACUUUGUACUAAGAAUGGGGCUCAUUGCGCGUUCGCGCACGGAGCCCCGGACCUUCGCCCCCCGGUGCUGGAUAUGAGGGAGCUCCAAGCGCUGGACAACUCUGAUGGCAUAGACGGGGAUGUUGCAGCACCCAACGCACUAGAUAGGGAAAGAAAUUUAAUGAAUGAGGACCCUAAAUGGCAAGAUACAAAUUACGUGUUAUCAUCCUAUAAAACAGAACCAUGUAAAAGACCACCUAGGUUAUGUAGACAAGGGUAUGCUUGCCCUCAAUAUCACAAUAGUAAAGACAAGCGCCGCUCGCCGCGCAAGUACAAGUACCGCAGCACGCCGUGCCCUAACGUGAAGCACGGCGAGGAGUGGGGCGAGCCCAGCAACUGCGAGGCGGGCGACGGCUGCGGCUACUGCCACACGCGCACGGAGCAGCAGUUCCACCCCGAGAUCUACAAGAGCACCAAGUGCAACGACGUGCAGCAGGCCGGCUACUGCCCGCGCGGCCUGUUCUGCGCCUUCGCGCACGUGGAGCCCGAGCCCGCCGAGCGCACCGAGCCCGAGCUGGGCGCCAACCUGGCCGAGCUGCUGGGCGCCGCGCUGCCGCCCGCCAACGGCUCGGGCGACUCCGAGUGCGCGUCCACGUCGUCGGGCGGCUCCAGCGCCGGGCGCGCGGCCGAGCGGCCCGCCUGGCCGCCGCGCGCGCCCUUCGACGCCGCCGUGCUGCACGAGGUGGUGGGCAACGCGCUGGACGACCUGCAGCCCGACGACCCGCUCAGCCUGGUGGCGGCGCUGGACCGCGACCUGGCCGAGCCCGAGCCGCUGCUGGGCGGCUCCGCGCCCGUCAACAUCCCCGCGCGCACCGCGCUGCGCGGCUUCAGCCCGCCGGCCGGCGGCUCGCCGCUGCCGCCGCUGUUCCGCUACGGCGCGGCCGAGCCCGAGCGCCUGUUCAACGCGCACGGCAUGAAGGCGGGCAGCUUCAGCGGCGGCGCCUUCGAAUUCGGCGCGUCGCCCGGCAGCGGCGGCGAGCUGUCGCGCCUGCGCGAGGAGGUGGCGGCGGCGCGGCUCACGGCGGCGCGCUGGGACGAGCGCAUCGCGCAGGCGCGCUCGGCGUGCGAGGCGUGGCAGCGCGAGUCGGACGAGGCGUCGCGCUCGGCGGCGCGCGCGGAGCGGCAGCGCGACGAGGCGCUGGCGCACGCGCUGCAGCUGAAGCGCGAGCUGGAGGUGGCGCGCGCCCCGCGGCGCGAGCUGCGUGGCCUGCCGCUGCCGCAGCUGAAGGCGCUGCAGGCCAGCGCGCGCGCCGAGCUGGAGGAGAUCGAGAAGGUGCUGUACCUGGAGACUGCCACCAAGUGCAUGGUGUGCGAGGAGCAGCCGCGCAGCGUCACGCUGGCGCCCUGCAACCACUACGUGCUGUGCGACGCGUGCGCCGACACGGCCAGCGAGUGCCCCUACUGCCAGGCCACGCUGCCGCCCAAGCAGCACCACCACUAGCGGCAGGUACCCUCCCGCCCGACACGCGUGUCCCUCGCCGCGCCGGGCUGAAUUUGUACUACAACACUUAAUCCCUCGAAGGUCGCGGGGGUCCGGUGCCCCUCUGCUCCGGACGGUAGCUCUCUACGCUCUCUCGAAAAUAGUUGCAACAAAUUAUACGUUAACAAUAAGUAUGUUCUGAGCUACCAAUGAAUGCUUAAUUAAAAUAUUGCCUCGAUAUUUUUAUAUACAGAUAUGUUCAAGUGUAAUAUCGCUCGACGUCAGCUGUAGGGCAUGGUAUUUAGCGUUAGUGGAAGAGAGAGACAUAUUUCGGUGAGGAAAUAGAUGUGCAGAGUAAGGUUUCGAAGUUACUGCCACUAUCAUUUGUAUCUAAUGUUAAGGAACAACGCAACUUGCAUCGCCUGAUGGUACCCUAAAUGAAGUUAUUAUCUUAGAGGUGGGUCAAAAUAAUUAAUCAAUGAAUAAAACGAAUAUUAUUAGAAUUUAUUAAAAAAUGUUUAACUUUUUUCUACUAUAUAGUAUAUUUUAACAAUAGAACGGCAAAUUACGUGUAACCGAAAUUAAUAAGAGUUGUUUAUAUACAUUAUCUUACUAGGUAUAGCUUCAGAACCCUUUUAAUGAUGUUAAUAUUGUGACGGAACGUUAUAUACACUAAAGCCGAGUGAGGUAGUAAUUGAUAAAAGGAAACAUGUUUAAUUAAACACAGAUGCAUACGUUUUUAUAUUUGUCUAUAUAGGAAUUACUAAAUAUUUUUCAUAAACGAAUACAUAUUAUAUGAAUUACGUAGAGCAUGAUAACAUGGUAGUUUUGACAUUUCAAAUUAAUAUACGCUUUCGGCGUUCAAUACCUUUUAUUUAGGGUUGUGUACUAGACUCCUUGCUUUUGGCUGAAAAAUAUAGCUAUUUAUGAGAUUUAUCAACUAAAUUUGAGAGUAGUAUUUUGAGAGUAGUAUCAGUGUAGGUAUUUUUGCCCAUACCACUAAUAGCAAUCAGUUUAAUAUCGUUAUAUUACUCAUUUAAUAUGGACAACAAUGGACAAAAAUAGUAGUUGUAUCAUGAUAUACGAGAAGUAUACAGCGCAUUUAUUGUAUGACACCUACCUAAAAGCGAAUUAAAUUAAAUUAAAUUUAUUUUCUGAUACAGGUAAAUAGGUGUUACAGAAAAAAAACUAUGCAGAUCUUAACUGUACCACGAAGUCAGACGAGUAAGAAUCAAUAAAAACGCGAAAAGACUCGUAUUUAUAUAUACUUCAAACGUGCACUCACGCGCAUCUGUAUUGCGUUGCAAACGCUCGUAGCAAACACCUCGUGUGCAUGGGCCCUAAAUGAAAAACUUUUCGCAGUAAUCUGAGAACAGAUUAUCCUAUCUUAAAUAUUUAGUUGCCGUACAACCAACACAAAAUACAAUGUUGUCUCAAAAACAAGCUGAAUAGCUGAUCGCUAUUGGUGGUUAGGAUGGGCCCGAUACAUUAUUAUCCCAGCCUCCUUGGAAAUAGUAAUUUUGUCUGCAUCAAACUGAAAUGCUAUAUCUGUGGCAAAAUUAGAGGAAAUAGCUGAUAAUUUAACCCCGCUAUUUAAAGUAAUAGGAAUACAAAAACAUCAUCACUUUCUUCAAUUAUAAAUUUAACGUACACGUUUCGUUUCCUAAUAGAUGUAAAAUCUGAAUGUGUUCUAAAAAAAGAAAAGAAAACGAAAUCAGUAUAAAUUAAUUUGAUAAAAAUGUCAAUAUCGCGUCUACAUUAUUAUAAAAAAUAAAUAUAUAUACUAAACGAAAUGUGAUAUAAAGUUGACUUUGAAUUGACGUGGUAAUAAGUAACGUAAUCGAUUUAAACGAGAAAGUGUUGAUGAAAUAAUUGAAGCAAUAAUAGUAAUUAGGGAACACUGACCUUGAAAUAUUGAAAAAGUAAGUUUAGGGUGUGUUUCUUCUGAAGUGGAGUAAGGUUGUGUUGGAAAAUUGUACUAUUAGGGUUGAUUGAUUUAUAAGUUUACGUAGUUUUUUAAUAUAGCAACAGUGCUACAGCAGACACUCUGUUUACGUGACGUCACAAACCCGUUAACAAUGUGGUAUUGUUAGAAAGAACUUCAUUAUUAGGGAUAUAAAGACGAAACGAACAUAUAUUAAAAUACUAUGGUUCAUUUGAUGCUAUCCUGUUUGAUUUAAAGUUUAGUUCUUAUCACUACAGCCACGGCUUGGUAAAUUUAAAAACAGAAGAACAGAGUAAGCGUUUUAAAAACGUAGGUCCAGUUUAUUCUGACGUUUUAGAAAAGGAAAACGACAGCGUAAAUAUCAUGGACAAUGACAUUAAAUUGAUUGAUGACAUGGUACAAUAUUCAGUACGAAUAACGGUUCAGAUUGGCUGUUUUAAAUAUAAAAAGAUACAUUAUCUGUCAAGUAAUACGAUUUUCUAACACAACUGUUACUCUUAUAAAGGCCUUCGCACACCUUAUAGACUCAACACCGACUUGACUCAAAUUAAAACAAUGUAAUUGUAAAAUAUUUUGUGGCAUAAAGUAAAUUGUAAAAGUAUGUCGUGAUCAGUAUGCGAUUGGCGGACCGCCCUUUGCUUACACACUUUAAUAAUAACAGCCCUUUCACCACUCGUUCGGUCUGCGUUGCCCAACGUCUAACCUAACGAUUAAACACGUCGGCUACGCGUUAACCAAACGCUGGCGAUUUAUAGGUAUCAUUGCCAGUGCAUGUAAAACCAAAUGUGACGGUAAAUUUGUGGUGCUGAGCUGAGUGCCAGCCAUUACUAGCGCAUUUUCUAAAUACGUUUACUCAUUUGAUUGCGCGAAAGUUAACUACGAUUUGUGCGGAACUGAAAGAGAGCUAUAUCUUGUUGCAAUAUUGAGAAACAGUUAUUUGUCACAAACAAUUAUUUGCUAAAGAACUGUUAGCGUCGCGUUGUUCACUCGUUCAUACCGCACGUAAGUAUAAGCUGAAUUGAAAGUUAGGAAUUCAAUCGGUAUUGAGUCUAUAUGGUGUGCAAAGGCCCUAAAAAGUUGAAGCGCACCCAUAGUUUUAUAUUAAAAGAGUUUUGCAUGAUCAUCGUAGUUUAUACGUUCAUAUAUAUAGCUUACAUAUACAGGUUGUUUAUUUUACCGCAGCAGGAAAUCUAAUACUAAAAGGAUACGUACUAAACUGUCUUUUCUGUUUAUUAAUUUUUGCUUUAGUAAGUUUUUUGUCAAUUAUGGAAAGGUUAAUAAACAUAAUUUUUAUUAUAUUCGGCUUUGUGUGUGCGCAUUUUAGUCGGUGUGUACCUGACUUGUUUUGAACCCGUGAAAAGUCUUUAGUCAGCUUGACUAGUUAGCAUGAUUCAGCGGGUUUCAACACAACAAAUAUUAGUAUUGAUGUACUAAUAGAGAGGAUCUUUGUUCACGAUAUUUUUCCCUACCGCCUUGAAAGUUUCUUAUUCCAUCCCCAAAAAAAAAACAACCUGUAUGUGUUAUUAAUAACACCUAUAAUACUGUGACUAUAAUAAUAAUAAUAAUUAUAAUUAAUAAUAAUCAAACAUUGACCUCAAGUUGUUGAUUGUUACUUUUUUACAUUUCUAAAUAAUCAUAGUAUAUAUGUAAGGAGUAAACGUAGUUUUGCUUCAGUUGAACAGCACAAUAGACUGGCUUCGAAUAGACUAUAAGGACCAAUACUUGAUCAAUGUUGCCUAACUUUAAUCUUAUUCCACUUUGAACAUUUCUAUUAAAUGAAGAACUGGGAGAGGUUAACAUCUCAACGUUAAAUAAAAAAAAAACGUGCUUCAUUAUUUUUAUGCGUAUUAAAAUAUUCUAAAAGUGAACCCUAUUUUUGACUAAAAAGUUUGUCUUAUUGUCGUAAUCAUAAUUUUUUUAGAAGAUGUUUCAAUUAAAAUAUAAUACAAAAGCAAAUCACAUAUAGAAACUUUUAUCAGUAAAAAUAAAGAUAUAUAGGUAAUAUAAAAGAGCAUUCAAAUUUGUUAAAAGAUUAUAUAGCGCAUUUUUAUGUUACAUUCCUUUGUCACGGAUUUAUUAUCCUGGUAUAAAAAUAGCCCACGUCAACUAUGUAUCUCUAUACAUUAAAAAGUCGGACCGUUUCUCCUCUGCUGCGUGAGAGAAGGACAAACCUGUAACCGCACUCGCAUUUACAAUUUUAUUAUGAUUUAUAACUGUAACGCAGUUUAGCACUUAUACAGCUGGGUAAUUAUGCUUAGAGGUGCUUAGAGAACGUAAAUCGUCUUGCAAAAAGCAUGUGAAUUCUUUGUUGAGCGAAAAGCUUUUUUUUUUGUUGACAUGAGACACAAGAUUAAAAGAAUAAAAAGAUGAAUCAUAAGUAUAUCUUGGACGGUUGUAUCUUUUCCUAAGAUAAGUGCGAUAUAUUUUGAUUGACAUUAAAAUCAAUAAUCGAAUCUAAUAACUUAAAAUGACUCGUAUUCUUUAUAUUUUUUAGAGUUAUAAUGUGAAGAUGUACCUGCAUUCUUCCAUUACUCGAACAAAAGCUACGAGCUAAGAAUAAUGCCGUAAGGCACCUAGCCGGGUAUUUUAUGGUUGAAUAAUGAGAAUGGCUUUUUAAAACAAAGGCAUUUCUUCAAAAACCUAAAGCACAUAAAACUACUUAUUGCAAACAGAAAAAAAAGUGCUUCUUGUCGAGUGGAUUGACCGUCUGAGAACCCUUUUAAAUAAACUUUGUGUGAGUAUUAAUGUAAAAAAGAUAAAAUUGUGGGAAAUUAAGGUUUGCUUGAAGAGAUGACACGACUCAAGCAGGGUUCAUUUAAGAGUGUCGCGUUGCAUUUAUCAAGGCGUGCGCAUGACGUCUAUAUAUAACUGUAUGAUAGCUAAGCUGUGGUGUAUAGUAGAACACGAAAAGUACCAUUUUUAGUUUCAUAAAACAACCGUAUUGAUGUUUGACAGGGGUUUAUGACGAUGAUUUUUUACUGUUUCAUAUUAUUUAUUCCUAAAAUCCCCUCCCGCGAUACUUUGACUUUACUUUACAACAUUUCAUAUUGUGACCCAUAGACUGAUAAAAAGUGAAGAAGGCUCUAAAUUGACAGCAAAAAAAAACAAUAACAUAUAAAGCAAAACGUUCUGUUUUUUACUCUAUAAAAGAAUAUGCUUUGUGACUACUAUUUAACAUGUGUUUUUUUUAUUUUACACUUUUUAAAUGUUGACUUAUUUAAAGUUAAUGGGAGAAUCCAUUGUUUUCAUUAUUUUUUACAUUUUAAGGUAAAUCAGGAGAAAGGAAAUAUUCUACAUAUUUUUUUGCAAAUCAUGUUUGAACUGUGUAAUGUAGUAAACAUUGGAACAGAAAAUCUUCUUGUACACAAUGAUAUGUAGUACAAUAUCUUCUUUGACCGGAUUUACCGUCACAACAAUUAUUUUGGUUAAAAUAUUUAUAUGUUCGUUUUUAUUAAAAAGAAUCUAUAAAGGAAAGAACAUAUACUCGUAAUAAUAUUAUUAUAAAAAAGCUAUCUUUAUAAA